CAGUGCACUUGUACUUUGUGUAUAUGUAGGAACCUUUAUUUCGUGCUGCGAUAUAGCAAUAAUAACAUAAGCGAAUUCACGACAAACUGAGCUGAGCCUAGAUAAUUUUUGUUUAUGCAUUUACUGUUUUUUGGAGCUAUUUUCAUCAUACAGAUGUGAUCAUGUUGACACCCAAAUUGUGUCAUUCCUUGCGAGAGAGGUGGAACUUUGGGAACUGACCGUUAUAAUCGUACCGGAUUUCAUCAUCCGUGUGAAGGAAAAUCAGCGGGCUCCUGUUUGCUUUUGUGUUCGGAUUCGUGUGAAGUGCAGUGCACAGCGCGGCUGCGAAGCUAAGAACAAUAAACUAUUCUCAUUGCGGGGAAGGAUGACCGGUUUAUGGCUUUAGCAUCCGUUUAUAUAUCGUCAGAAAGCCACCGAAAAAUGCUGUUUUUGAUCAUGCUCAGAAUGAUUAUACUUUCUUGAAGGCCAUGGAGCACAUUGACGAGUACGAGUACAACAAGAAGGAUAUAAUUGGGCAUGGAGCUUUCGCUAUUGUUUUCAGAGGAAGGGAACGAAAGAGACCUGACCAAACAGUUGCCAUCAAGUGCAUCAAUAAGAAGAACCUGUCUAAAUCGCAGACUUUUCCAGAGAAGGAGAUUGAAAUAUUGAAGGAGCUACAUCAUGGAAAUGUGGUGUCUUUACUUCAUUUCAAGGAGACGACCUCGUCCCUGUUCAUGGUGAUGGAGUUCUGUAACGGUGGAGACCUUGCUGAUUAUCUACACAUCAAGGGAACAUUGAGCGAGGACACCAUCCGAUUCUUCCUUGGCCAGAUAGCUUGUGCAAUGAAAGCUAUUCAUGAGAAAGGCAUCAUCCAUCGAGAUCUCAAGCCUCAGAACCUUCUUCUCAGUCAUAACAGCAAGCAUAAAGUACCUCAUCCUAAUGAGAUACAUCUCAAAAUAGCUGACUUUGGGUUUGCCAGGUUUCUUGAAGGUGAUAUGAUGGCUGCAACACUGUGUGGGUCUCCUCUCUAUAUGGCCCCUGAAGUGAUUACAUCCCAGCAUUACGAUGCCAAGGCUGAUCUAUGGAGUAUAGGAACCAUUAUAUUUCAGUGUCUCACUGGUAGUGCACCCUUCAAAGCUGCUAACCCUCCAGAACUCAAGAAGCUUUAUAUGAAGGCCAGGACAUUGGACCCCAAUAUACCACCAGGGACAUCCAAAGCACUCAAAGACUUGCUUAUAAGACUACUCAAAAGAAACCAGAAAGACAGGAUAGAAUUCGACAAAUUUUUCAGCCAUGACUUUUUGGGAAAGAAUCUUAAAUCUACCUCAACUUCCCCAAUGCCAGUCCCUAGCCGGACAUACAGCUUCAGCUCGGACUCACCUGGUGAGAGGCGCUCCCUGUCCGUCUCCCCGCUCUCAGGACACAUGCCCAUCUCAUCCCCUGAAGAGCCAUCACCAUCAUCCGUUGGGUGUGGUCCCAGAGGGUAUAGUAUCAGUCCUCUAGCUGCCCCGCCCUUGAUCUCAACAGACAGACCUUCUGCUGCCAAGGGACUACAGGAGAAGCUCAGACUCUCAUCAGGGAUGGGCUCUUCAGAUUUAGUUGAAGAUGACUUUGUAAUAGUACAGCCGAGCAUUGUCUCAGAAUUAUCAUAUGAAACCAGUGGUGCUAGCAUUAAUGUGCAAACUACAACAGAUGUAAUAACAAUACGAAGCAAUUCUUCUCCCAUUAUGUCAAGUAGUAGAGGUCAUUCUGCUCAGCCAAAGUCCAGCACAAGCCCAGUGUCUGGCAGAAUUAUGGCUGCGGUAGUUAGAAGGAAACUGCCCUCUCCAAGUGAAAGGCCAAGCAGCUUGCCAAUCUCCUCUAGUCCAUCAACCAGCCCAAAUACUGGAAGACAUCGAGUCAGUCCUAAACAGUCUCCGUCAUCACUGAUCUCUCCAAGUAGGAUACAUGCACAGAUAAGACACUCUUACAGUAGCAGUGGUGGCAGCCCUAUCGGCAGCCCCAGCCAACGAAGACGACUACUCAGUCCUAACCAAUCACCAUCGUUGGCUAGACAUUGCAUUCUAGCUCAGGCUGGAGGGGUAGAUAAUAAGCCACCUAGUCCUGUGCAAGUUACUGGAUUAUCCUCCCCUGGGAGUCAAUACAAUCCAGGAGUGGUUCACAAGUUCUACAAGUUUCAUGCCUCCCCCACGUCCCCUUCUCCGUCACCUCCCCAUAUACCCAGGGUAUCUACAGACCCUAGUAUGUGCUCUCAGGGGGCGGGGCUUUACAGAGGCUCCUCCCCUCAAUCACAAGGAUCAGGGACGUCACCUACAAACAUUCCAUCACCAGCUAGAAGGAAAUUAUCAUCACCAGCUAGGAGUUCACCUCAGUUCUUCACUGGACCUUCUUCACUACCUACCAUCGCUGGCUCACCUACUAAGAAAGGCUUUGGUAAUGAGAUCACAUUCACUAUAGGCACGCAUGGUAUCAGUCCUUCAGAGCCUCUGAACAUGCCAUUUGCCAAGUCUCGUCGUGUGAGGGCAUCUUCAUGCUGUCUCGAAGGUGAUGGACAGCAGGAUAUAUCAGAUUCACCAGGACGUGAUGCUCUCAUCCCAAGGAGUGCUAGUUCUAGCCGUUUGUCUGAACCGUUAUGCCUCAAGGCUGCCUUUGAUAACCUGGCUAUGAACCCUGGAAGCAGCAUAGAAGGUAUCCCAGGUGCAAUUGCUGCUAGUCCCCCCAUGCACCCAACCAGCUUCUUCAUAGGCAGCCAAUCACGGCGUAACUCUGUGCUGACGGAGGGGUCACCAUCAAGUCAAGGGUCAUUGACCUUUGCCACCUCACCUCCUAAUAUGGAGGGACCUAUCUCAUUUGUUGCUCCUGAGCUUCCAGAGGAGACACUACUAGCAGCGGAACACACAGAGACAGUUGACAGACUGAAUGUUAUCCUGGGUAUCGUGGAGGCUAUUGUAGAGGUGGCCAAGUCAAGAAGUGUUCCUCUAGCUGAAUCUAUCUACAAUCAGGGCUCAUCCAUCUUCAGCAACUCACAAGUCUGCUUCGUCAGUGAGAACUAUAGGUUAGCUGAGCAGCUUGUACUGUAUACCCGUUCCCUUGAGUUACUCAAUGCUGCACUCACCAUGGCUAAAGAAGAGUUUAGUGCAGCAAGGUUAAAACCUUCAAAUGCAGUCAGAACAGUCCUUCAGGAACUGAAUCGUGUCUAUCAUCUCUGCCUGACAAAGAGCCGUCAACUCUGUGAAGGGAGCCCUCUACAGUCCUUAGACAUCGAUCUUAACUCUGCAAUGAUUACUGCAGAUAAGCUCAUGUAUAGCUAUGCCAUUGAGCAGUGUCAGUCUGCUGGCAUGGAUGAAAUGUUUGGUAACACACAAGAGUGUUUACAACGAUACCGGACUGCUCAAAUGCUGCUUCAUGGGUUGUGUCUUCAGGCAGGGACAGAUCAUGACAGAAAUCUACUCUUGAAAUUUAAAAAUGCCCUUGACCAAAGACUGCUCUUCCUUGAGAGGCAACAGACCCCUGUGACUCCUAUGAUUGGUCUCUAGCAAUGGUCACUGCUCGGACCGUUGGGAUGGUUCAAGUUUAGGAGCUGACCAUCUGCCAAGAUCUAAAUAGCUGGUCACCUCUGGAUUGUGGGUUUGCACAAAAUUGCUAGGAUUUCUAUGAUUGGUCAUAUCUUGACCUUGGGAUGGUCACCCUUUGUACUCCUGCGAUUGGUCAUCUGGGCCUCAAUAACUGGUCACUUCUUGAUCUAGGACUUGCAUAAUUGGCCAUCUCAAAGACGUCCAUGAUUGGUCAAUUCUGGAACCCCUAUUGGUCUUCUCUUGAAGCUGUCUUAGAAACAUGUCAUGGACUGGCAUAGUUGGUCAUCUCCUUGACCUCUGUCAUUAGUCAUCUCUCAAUCUUGCAGUGGUCAAUUCUGUGGCACCCAUGACCAAUCAUCUCAUCUCGAGCAUUAGCAUCAGAUAUCUUUGAUAUUCCCAAAGGUAAUAUCUCAAGGACUGUUCAUCUGGACAAAGUGAGCGUUCAACAAGAAGCUUUCCUGGAGAAAGAAGAUGAUAAAACAAGUGGGAGAGACAGUAGAAGAUGUCUUCACUUACUGGUCCACCUAUACAUGUACAUGUAGGUUUGCAGGAGGAUAAACUCUUUAUCUGAGAGUGAGUGAUGAACUGAAAGAGGGCAUCCACUUCUACCCACAGAGAGGGUGUGUUAGGAGAGGUGUGAUAAGAAGGUAUGAAGGGGCCUGGUGAAGUAUGGAUGCAAAUCUCCAUAUAAUUAUUAUUCAGGUGGAGUUUCAAUUAUAGAAUAAGAAGAGAGGAUAUGGCAGGUUAGUAUGGUAUUGAUUGUGCAAUGCAGAUUAGUGGACAUUCUAAAAAAUUGUGGGAAGGUAGAGAAGAGUAUUUAUUGCUUGAUAUAUUCAGCUUUGGUUUAAACAAAGAAAAUAUCAACUCUGAUCCAUGAGAGUUACCAUUUGUGCUCUAAAUUAUGUGCUCCUGUUUUCUUUUGUUUUAUGGAGAAUUUUUUUUUGGAUUAAGUUUGUUUUCGUUGCAUCCCCUUCAACUGAUUUCUACAGAUUUACAAAUUCCCUUGCCCCAGAGAAAGUCUGUUAGCCCUUGCAAAAUGAUUCCAUCCUAUGCAUCGUGAUAUUCAAGGCGAGUGACUUUGAUAAUAACAAAUCUGAAGAAUUGACCUCAAUAUUCUAUCAGCAUUUACGCUGAGUGCCAUCAUUAUGUAAAGAUUCUUAAUUUUGUUAAAGAACAAGAAGUUAAAACAGAAGUAGUGAAUGGAGUUGACUCGUACUGAGUUGGGAUAAGGACUUGUCUCAACUGUCAUGCAGAGAUUUCUCUUCGAUUGGAGAAAUUCUUGAGACUAUAUGAGAUCAAUAUUCUAAAAUCUGGUUCGACAGCAUUAAAUGUUUCUUUAAAAAGCAGUAUAUUUUGAAGAGUUGAGUAUUAAAGAAUAUUUGCACUACUGAUUGAUUUUCUAUGUCUAUUGCAUGCUUGUUUCCUGCUGCAUAUUGAAUUAUUCCCUAUACUUGAAUUGACAUGCUGAAAUACACAUCCAUUCUCUGUUACAUACUGUCACAUACAUGUACUGUAUUCCAGAUGUGUGCAGGAUGUUUUAGGUGCUGAAGCAAUGGUCAGAUAGUUUACACCCCUUUCAUUUCCCAAAUGCCAUUUGAUUUAUUGUUAAUGUUGUCUUAUAGUUGGGAUUUUCUUUAAAUUGCAUUGUACCGAUUGGAUUGGUGUGGAUAUUUGUGGUUGAGACGAAAAAAACUCUAGAUAAAUAAAAAUAUAAAAAUUAAAAGAUCGCAUGUGGCAUUACAAACUUGCUGAACUUGGUGCAACUAGCUACCAGUGCAUGCAUUGCUGUGUUUUAGGGAUCCUUUGCUAUAUAUUUUGAGCUUUUUAAAAUCAAUAUUUUCAAAGAAAAACAUCAAAAUAUGAAGGGAAAAAAAUACUUGGGGGCAAAUUCAGAUAUUUCAGAAAGUAAUAUUGCAUUAAACCCAUGUUUUUUUUUUGUUUUUUUUGCAUUAAAACAAAAAUGUUUGGAUAAUGUGUAAUUGGGUCGUGCAAAGCUAUUGCAUGAUAGAUGGUUAUUUUGCUGUGCCAUCACAAACCCCUUCUUUGUUCAUGUAAUGUUUGCCAUUGUAUCAAGUUAAAGUUGUAAAUGUUUAGCAUCUUGUUAGAAAAUGUUACAGUGUUAAUUAGGUUGCAUCUCACUGCCUGACACCUUUAAACAUAUAAGAGGAUGUGAAGUUAUGCUCAUGCAAGGUUCUUUUCAAUCUAUUUUACUGGCUUUGUGGGUUGAUUUUGAUCUUCAAAUACUUCUUUGUAGCUACAUGUACAUGGAAUAUUAAAAAUAGCAUCUUUUUUCUUUGUAUGCUGUAAUAAUAAAAUGAAAUCAUAGAGUAAAUUCAGUAAAGAUUCCAUUUGCCAGCAUGUGCUAGUUAUACGUUUUGAGUUUUGUGACUUCUUAAUCUUCAUAUAGAGCUAGGGAUAUUGAAAUUGUCAAUAGGCAAGCAUAAAAAUCAUUUUGACAGUCUCCCUACCUGUUUGGAUCAAGCUUCAGCAAAGUACUUUUAAAGGUGUUAUGAAGAAUAAUCACAUUUUGGAGAAUACAACAUAUUCAUGGAAUCUACAGAAAUAGUGCAGCUUCUAAGACUUAAAGGGGAAGUCCAAACUGGUUUUGAGUUGGUAUUAAUAGUAGCAGAACAAUGAGAGUAACGGGUCAGUAAACGUUUGAGCAAAUUUCGAUUAAAAAUAAGAAAGUUAUCAAUGUUUGAAUUGUGAUCAAUCAUUGGCAACACUGUGAUGUAUCUUGCGAGCUCCUGUCCAAUUUGCUCUGUUCAUAAAAUUUCAUGAACUUUCAUUUUCUUUGUUAUUGAUGACAGAGUUGAUUUUUUUUUCCAUGCAGGAACAUAUUUGCAAUGAUUAUAAAUAGGGUGCAUGUAUGAUCUGCAAUUUACUUGAGGAAAAAUCAAAAUGUUUAUUUCUUUUCAGUGUUUGUGUUUUUGUUUGUUUUGUUGAUUGAUUGCAACUUCAAACAUUCACAACUCCGGUAGUUUUAAUCAGGAUUUGCUCAAACGUACACCAACCUGUUCCUAUCAUUUUUCUGCUUCUUUUAAAACCAACUUACUAUCUAUUGGGGUGGACUUUCCCUUUAAAAUUGAUUUGGGAUUAAUUUAUCAUGCCAAGUCAAGAAGAAAGUGUUCUGAGUUGAGCUUUUGACACUACCAUGAAACAGUGCAAUACUGAAAUGUGUGUAUCAUACAUUAAUGUAUGAAUUUUGUACAAAUGAUCUGCAAUUGUAUAUUAGGACAAAGUACAUGUAAGUGGCUGCAACUCUGUAUAAUGAAUGGCCUAGAUACAUGUACAUACAUGUAUAAUAUGCUAUAAAGACUGAAAUUAUGACGUACGGUACAUGAGACCUAAUACCAGUGUACAAUACAGCAUAGACAUGAUGUCCGUGGUGUGUUCGAUUGAGAUUUACAGUUUUACAGUCUCCCAUUUUAUAAAAACAGUAUUAUUUCUUUUUUUAAAACCAAGAAUCGUAUUCUUGUUACAUAUAUUUACAUGUAUUAAAUAAAAUAUAUUAAUUGGACUAUUAUUUACAAGUACAGUAUAGGGGAGAGGAAACAUUAAUCUUGUCGCUGGAUAUUGGUCAGUGAUAUGUACCACUGGAUGCAGCAAUGAUGGCUGAUAAUGAGCACGCACUUCCAUGUUCAUGCAGCUCUCUGAAUCAGUGUAUACAGAUACAUGUGUGUAGCAAGCUACUACCCAGUGGUACAUAUACAUGUAGAUGGCAUUUGUUAAAUACUUUGUCUUUAUUGUUAAGUGAUCAUGUCCAUGGCAUUAUAUUCAUGUUUGCAUUGGUGUUGAGUAUAUACAUGUAUGUUCCAUUAUUUUA